AUGCUUAAAAAAUUGAAAUAGUAAACUAAAGAUGCUUAUAAUAAACAUUUUGGCAAGGAUCAAUACAAAGAAAUGAAAGAUGAAGAAUCUAAUAAAAAUUAAGAUUUUACAAAAUCACCACUUAGUCUUCCAAAUUAAUUCAAAUCAGAUGAUUACAAUAACAAAAGCGAUUAAUUUAAUUGUAUUUAAAUAAUACUUUAUGUAGAAAAUCAAAAUGUUGAAAAGAAUUUGUCUGAGGUUCCUUAAUUAGAUUUUACUAAAGCUCUAAUACCAGAAGAACUAAUUUAACAAAUCUAAGAAUAAGAAAUUCAACAGAUAGCUGAAGAGUAGGCAAAAAAAAAAUAAACUAAACCAAAAUAAAAUGACGAUAUUCCAGACUUUCUAAAUAAAAAAAUAUGUUUGGAUGAAAAUGGUGAUAACUAUUAUGAAGUGGCAGCCUAAAAGGCAAAAGAAUAGAAUAGUACUUUACAUUAAUUGAAAACCUUUGUAUCAGAAAAAGCAAAUGAUGCAUAAAAAUAAGUGAAAGUAAUUAAUUAUAACUCCAUUUUUUAGAAAUAAUUAAAAAAACUAGACACACAUAUAAAAAAUAAAAUACUUGAAAAAAAAUAACACAUUAAUCUCUGGAUUGCAGGAAAGGUUGAUACAUAAAUUAUAAGUUUGAUGAGUAGUAUUGAACCUAAAAUAACUGAUAGUGUUAAGAAAUCUGUUCCUUAUGAUUUUAUGUAAGAUUUUGUAUAGGAUACUGCAAUUAAUUUAUGGAAAGAUUUCACUGAUGUAAUUAGAUUGGAAUUAAGGGCUAAAUUAGAAACAAAUAAAAUAGAAAUUAAAAAGAGGGAAUCAAAAGGAUUAAUUUCAAAUAUACGCAAUUUUAUACUUUAUUCAUUAUAUCCUGCAGACCUUACAAAUCGUGAUCAUAUGAGAAGAAUUUCAUUUAAAAUUAUGAAAAUUUGCUAAUUACUUCCAUAUAUGGGUAUUCAACCACUUAUGUUUUGUAUCAUUUUACUUUGUAUUAAUAAAGUAUUAAUAGAUUAUAAUUUUAGGAUGAAGAAUUUUAAUUAGUCAAUUAUAUAGCUGAUUAUAAAUCUAUUCAAUUUAUUACUAAUGGAUUAUUUCCAUGUUUUCUAGCUUAUUUUCAUUAUUUAUUCUUUGAUUGUGGACCUGGAAAUCAUCAUUAAGUACAAGUGCUUAUUUUUACUUUAAUCAUUUAAGUAUUAACUGUUUGGAUAGCAUAUUUAUAUUUACUAAAAUCUUAUUCUAGAGGAGCCUUUUUAAAAGAUUAAUUAACAAUUACUUCUGAUACUAAAGGAGGUAGACUAAAAUAUUUUCUAAUUUAUGAUCUAAUCUGUUUAACCAUUUCAAUAGUAUUGUCUAGUAAUAAUUUAUAAUUAUUAAAUUAGUAUUUUUAUAUAUUUAUAAAAUAAAAGAUAGUCAUACUUAGUCAUUUGGAGAUUUAUUAUUUUUUACAAGAACUGUUUAUGCUUUAUUAAGUAUUCCAUUUGUUUGUUUUAUUUUUCCAUUUUUUGUUAAGAUGUUAACAAAUGCAAUUCCAACAGGAUAUGAUAAAUAUGGAAAUUGUAUUCCAUCAUUAAGCACAAUAUAAAUAUCAUAUAAGGAAACUAAAUUGAAAAGAUAAGGAUUAAUAGAUAUUGAAGAAAUUUUAGAAAGGGAUUUAUUAGAUAAAAAUGAGAAUGAUGAUAAAUAAUAAGAGGAAUAAAAUAAUGAUAAUAAUAAAUCAAUUUAAAAAAAAGAGAAUAAAAAUUAAAAUGAUUAAGAAGAUAAAAAUAAUAAAACAAAAAAGUAGAAUAAAGAGAUAUAAAACAUAGUAGAAUGA